GCGCUCGGCCUGGCCCGGAAGUGUUGCAGACUCCGAACACGCGCGCUGCGGUAUGGCGGCCCACCGGCCCGGCCCGCUGAAGCAGCAGAAUAAAGCUCACAAAGGCGGGCGGCAUCGGGGUCGGGGAUCAGCACAGCGGGACGGCAAGGGCCGUCUGGCACUGAAAACCCUAAGCAAGAAGGUGAGAAAAGAACUCAGCAGAGUCGACCAGAGGCAUCGCGCCAGCCAGCUCCGAAAGCAGAAGAAGGAGGCGGUUCUGGCAGAGAAGAGACAGCUGGGUAGCAAGGAUGGCCCUCCUCAUCAGGUACUGGUGGUGCCCCUGCACAACAGAAUUUCCCUGCCAGAGGCCAUUCAGCUGCUUCAGCAUAGGGACACUGGAAGAGUACACUUGAAUGAAUUGGGAAACACCCACAGCUUUAUGCUACUAUGCCCCCGCCUGAAACAUCGGUGGUUUUUCACUUCAGCAAGACCAGGGGAUCUACACACUGUGUUAGACAUGGCUAAAGUAGCUGAUACCAUCCUCUUCUUACUUGAUCCACUUGAAGGCUGGGACAGCACCGGCGAUUACUGUCUUUCCUGCCUCUUUGCCCAGGGGCUUCCCACCUAUACACUAGCUGUCCAGGGGAUUUCUGGCCUCCCACUGAAGAAACAAAUAGACGCGAGGAAGAAGCUAAGUAAAGCAGUGGAGAAGCGCUUUCCAGAUAACAAACUCCUCUUGUUAGACACUCAGCAGGAGGCAGAGAUGCUGCUUAGGCAGUUGGCUAACCAGAAGCAACAGCAUCUUGCUUUUCGGGACCGGCGAGCCUACCUGUUUGCCCAUGCUGUUGAUUUUGUUCCUAGUGAAGGGAAUAACUUGGUGGGCAACUUGAAAAUUUCAGGCUAUGUUCGAGGGCAGACUCUGAAUGUAAACAGUUUGCUGCAUAUCGUUGGACAUGGCGAUUUCCAGAUGAAACAGAUAGAUGCCCCUGUGGACCCUUUCCCUUUAAAUCCUAGAGUAAUUAAAUCCCAGAAGGACCCAGACAUGGCAAUGGAGAUUUGUGCUACGGAUACUGUAGAUGAUAUGGAAGAAGACCUAAAGGUCCUAAUGAAGGCAGACCCUGAUAAACAGGAAUCCUUGCAAACAGAGGUUAUCCCAGAUCCAAUGGAGGGGGAGCAAACAUGGCCCACUGAGGAGGAGCUGAGUGAGGCAAAGGAUUUCUUGAAGGAAAGUUCUAAGGUGGUAAAGAAGGUCCCCAAAGGAACAUCCAGUUACCAAGCUGAAUGGAUUUUGGAUAGUGGCAGCCAAAGUGAUGGGGAAGGAGAUGAAUAUGAUGACAUGGAACAUGAGGAUUUUAUGGAAGAAGAAUCUCAGGAUGAGAGUAGUGAAGAAGAAGAGGAAGAAUAUGAAACUAUGACUAUAGGGGAGUCUGUGCAUGAUGAUCUUUAUGAUAAGAAAGUAGAUGAAGAAGCUGAGGCAAAAAUGUUGGAGAAAUAUAAACAAGAAAGACUGGAAGAGAUGUUUCCAGAUGAGGUGGACACCCCCCGUGACGUGGCUGCUAGAAUUCGAUUUCAGAAAUACAGAGGCCUCAAGAGCUUCCGGACAUCUCCAUGGGAUCCUAAGGAAAACCUUCCUCAAGAGUAUGCUCGGAUAUUUCAGUUUCAGAACUUUACUAAUAGCAGGAAAAGCAUCUUUAAGGAGAUUGAAGAAAAAGAGGUUGAAGGAGCUGAGGUUGGCUGGUAUGUCACAAUUCAUGUCUCUGAAGUUCCUGUCUCAGUGGUCGAGCACUUCAGGCAAGGAGCACCCUUGAUUGCAUUUUCUUUACUACCUCAUGAACAGAAGAUGUCAGUAUUGAAUAUGGUGGUGAGGCGUGACCCUGGCAACACUGAACCUGUAAAAGCCAAGGAAGAACUCAUAUUCCAUUGCGGAUUCAGGCGCUUCCGAGCCUCGCCUUUAUUUUCUCAGCACACUGCAGCGGACAAACAUAAAUUUCAGAGAUUCCUGACUGCUGACAUGGCCCUGGUGGUGACAGUAUAUGCACCAAUCACUUUUCCUCCUGCAUCUGUGCUGCUUUUCAAGCAGAAAAGCAAUGGAAUGCACAGCCUCAUUGCUACGGGCCAUCUUAUGUCAGUGGAUCCAGACAGAAUGGUCAUCAAGAGAGUUGUUCUGAGUGGUCAUCCUUUCAAAAUUUUUACUAAGAUGGCAGUAGUACGUUACAUGUUCUUCAACAGAGAGGAUGUGCUGUGGUUUAAACCGGUGGAACUGAGAACAAAGUGGGGCCGUAGAGGACAUAUCAAGGAGCCUUUAGGUAAGGAAACAUGGGAUUCGGGACCAUGUCUAGAUUUCUGCAGUGUUACUAAUUGACUAUUGGGUUGAAAGUCAUUGCUUUAAAAUUUUCU